CACUGGCAGGCAUAUCUCGUUUCUGCAAGCUCGGGUUGGUUGGACAGCCCGUCAUAUCCACAUGGAUGUGCCUGUCAGAGAGGAUAUGGGCGGGCGCAAAACGGUGACGUGGAGCUGUGGAGAGAAGGCGCAGUUGGAUAGGGCAGCGCGCAGGCAACAGCUGAAAUGAGCAGUGAGCGGCGGAGAGUGUGUAAGCCUCUGGAUCUAAUAUCACCUACCUGUCCUUGUCACUCUGACAGUCAGCCAAGGUAGCCGCAGUUUUCCACUGAUGCUCUGACAGAACUCAAUGGCCUAUUUUAAAGCGUUCUCCAGUUUAAAGAGAAAGGGGGCUUCAUCUCAACCACAGGAGGAACGGUGCCGCCGCGCGCUUUUUGGAGAGCAGAACACAUUCCGGAGUCGGACUUUCCGCUUUGCCUUCCUGCUCUAAAAGCUCGUGUGAUUUUUAUUUUUAUUUUUUUUUUACCCAUGAGCUCUAUGAGGGAUCCAUUAAACAUAGACCACCACCUCACAGGGAAUAAACUUGCCUCCGCACACCACACGGCUCUGGCGAUGGCUUCCAGUUUGCAGCCGCUGCAGCGCGCGGUGGACUCUAAACACCGGCUAGAGGUGCACACAGUGUCGGACACAUCCAGCCCGGAGUCCGUGGAAAAGGAGAAGAUCCAAAAUAAAAACGACGACUCCUCGGACGACCCGUCCAAGAAGAAGAGGCAGCGGCGGCAGAGGACUCACUUCACCAGCCAGCAGCUGCAGGAGCUGGAGGCCACCUUCCAGAGGAACCGCUAUCCGGACAUGAGCACGAGGGAGGAGAUAGCCGUGUGGACCAACCUCACAGAGGCCAGAGUCAGGGUUUGGUUCAAGAACCGGCGAGCCAAGUGGAGGAAACGGGAGAGGAACCAGCAAGCCGAGCUUUGCAAAAACGGCUUCGGCCCGCAGUUCAACGGACUCAUGCAGCCCUACGACGACAUGUACCCGAGCUACACGUACAACAACUGGGCCGCCAAGGGCCUCACGUCCGCCUCCCUGUCCACCAAAAGCUUCCCCUUCUUCAACUCCAUGAACGUCAACCCUCUGUCCUCGCAGACCAUGUUCUCACCGCCCAACUCCAUCUCCUCCAUGACUUCCAGCAUGGUGCCCUCGGCGGUGACSGGCGUGCCGGGCUCCAGCCUCAACAGCCUCAAUAACUUGAACAACCUCAGUAACCCUUCCCUCAACUCCGGCGUGCCCACGCCGGCGUGCCCCUACGCGCCUCCGACGCCCCCCUACGUGUACAGAGACACUUGCAACUCCAGCCUGGCCAGCCUGAGAUUGAAAGCCAAGCAGCACUCGAGUUUUGGAUACGCCGGCGUGCAGAACCCAGCCACCAACCUGAGCGCGUGCCAGUACGCGGUGGACAGACCCGUCUAAUGGCUGCGCACUGCAAAAAAUAUCCGCCGUGGCAAGAUGCUAACUGGGUGACCUCUGAGGAGAGUUGGAAAGAAGCAGGUGGUGGAGUUUUGUUUGUAGGACAAAAAUUUCUGGCAAUAUCUUGACACAGCUUGGAUCGCCAUAUUCAGAUUUCUCCUCAAGACUUUUGUGCCACAAAUAUUCCAAAUUAUAAUAAAAAAUAUCUAAUAAUAUCCGUUUGCAUAGGCUACAUCUGGCACGUCAAUUUUCAUUCAUUUUUCAAAAGGUUGAACAUGGUUGUCAUUUUGAAAUGUCUUGGCUAUGGUGGUUAUUUUUUGCAGUGUGCGAUAAUUAAAAACAGCCGUCCACAGGAACAAGAGACUACUACAGCUAAUUUUGUCAUGUUUUCUUUUUUAAAGGGAGCACUAGAAGACUGAACCACUGAAACAAACUCAAACUCCUGCUCGGAGUCAAACUGAAARGGGAGUUUUGAUUUUAUUUUUAAAUUAAUCCAUCUUCAUGAGCACUGGCCUGCGUCAAACUUUAAAAAAGAAGGGGGGCCUGUUUUACUUUUAAAGCGAUCGUCACGAGCGUCUUUUCGGGUGGAUUUUUGGACGUGGACGUUUUGACUGAAAAAAAAAAGUUUUGUAUAUAUGAAUGAUCAUCUCCUGUUUAAUGAGGCGCUUUAACCCUCCAGUCUUUUUAUUUUUUUCCUCUCUUUCUUUCGAGUUCUCAACGCAUGUGGGAAAAAAAAGAAGCAACCCUAAAAGGAAUCAUGUUUUUGCUUGCAAAAAAAAAAGUAAAAAAAAAAAAAGGAAUGUACAUAUUUAAACGCACCAGUUGUGUGUUUCUGACAUAUUAUAAAUUUAUUAUUAUUGUCUGUGUGGAUAUGGAUUUAGAAUAGCAAUCCUGGAUUAAAAAAAAAUUACAAUAAGAAGCAUAAAAAA